UAAAGUGGAGCCAUACAUUGUGAGCGUUUGAGGUGUGCAUCGCUCGCGGUGCACACCGAGCAAUCCCAUGGGGAGAGGAAAGACCCCCCCAGGCGCAGGCGUUGGCUUCGCCCUCGCGGAGCUGCGAGCGGCGAGGGCCAAUAUGAAUACCAAGCGGGCGGCUGGGGCUCUGCCUCUGGGCUCCAAAGCUGAGAUGGAGACCAGCUGGCAGGAAGAGGUGCAGGCGGCCUUGUUGCGGGAGAAGUUGCUUCAGGAGAAGUUGGAUGCGCUGGAGGCGAAGGAUGCCGGCAGCAUGCCGCCGAGCCGCAGGAACUCCUCCAAGUCGAGCUGCCCGGGGACUCCGGCUGGAGAGCAGGAGAAGUGGAAGCAAGAGAAGACCAUGCUGACCAUGGAGGUUGCGCGACUGGAGCGACUGGUGGAGGAUGAGAAGGAGCUGGCAAGCCAGAAAGAAAAGAUGCAACAGGAGAAGUCUGCCCGUCUGGAAGAAGCAUUGAAGGACUUGGAGCAGAAGAUGUUGGAGAGGACCAAAGCGGAGGGCAGCGAGCUCGAGACGCGGCUGGCGGAGGCGGAGGCGAAGGCUUCGGCCAAGGAGCGCGAGGUGGCAGACCUUCAGAGCUCCGUGCAGGCUCUCUCCAACGAGUCGGACCAGCUCAGGCGGGACUUGGCAGAGAGCCGGGCACAGCUGGAGGAGACCCACAAAGCCAAGACGGACCUGGCGGUGCUUUCGGAGGACCAGCGAUGUCAGCUGGAGUCCAUGCAGGAAGAAAUGGAGUCUUCGCAGUCCAAGGCGCGGGUCUUGGAGAAGCUGAAAGAGGAUGCGGAGACCAAGUUGAUGGAGCACGAGCUCAAGGUUCAAGACCUCGAGGCCAAGCUUCAGGAUGCAGAGGCGGCCGCCAUGGCAAAGGUCCCCGUCGAGCCGGUGGUGCGUGAGGUGGUGCGCGAGGUGCAGCGCGACAGCGCGGGCGAGGAGUUGCACCGAGAGGUGCGCUUGGCAAAGGCGCGGGUCGCGGAGCUGGAGGCACAGCACGCGGACCAGCUGGCGUCCAUGGAGCUUCGGCAGGAGACCUUGGCUGCCCAGGUGACCAUGUUGCAGCAGCAGCUGGAUCUGGCGCGACGGGACCGCAAGACGCGGAUGGCCGGCCUGCUGAAUUCCCGACGCACGGCAGGCGCGCCGGAGCAGACGGAUGCAGCCCAGCCUCCGGCAGCACCAUCAGCAGGAGGCACGACGCAGACCUUCAACACGCCAGCCGUGGGCGCGUCCAGCUUGUUUGCCCAGCCGAGCACAACAAAGGAUGCUUCUGCUCUGUUUGGACCCGGCCCAACAGUCCCUCCGGCACAAGUCGCAGAGCAGACAGACGCUGUAGCCAGCUCUGCCCCAGCGGCGGCAAGCGCGCGAGGUACCGCGGAUCCCUUCCAGCCGCCAGCAGCUGUGGAUACGUCCAGCUGGUUUGACGAGGAGCCCAGCACGACGAAGGAUGCUUCUGCUCUGUUUGGACCCGGCCCAACAGUCCCCCCGGCACAAGCCGCAGAGCAGACAGACGCUGUAGCCAGCUCUGCCACGGCAGCGGCAAGCAUGGGAGGCACGACGCAGACCUUCAACACGCCAGCCGUGGGCGCGUCCAGCUUGUUUGCCCAGCCGAGCACAACAAAGGAUGCUUCUGCUCUGUUUGGACCCGGCCCAACAGUCCCUCCGGCACAAGUCGCAGAGCAGACAGACGCUGUAGCCAGCUCUGCCCCAGCGGCGGCAAGCGCGCGAGGCACAACGGAUCCCUUCAAGCCGCCAGCAGCUGUGGACACGUCCAGCUGCUUUGACGAGGGGCCCAGCACGACGACACAGGAUGCUUCUGCUCUGUUUGGACCCGGCCCAACAGUCCCUCCGGCACAAGCCGCAGAGCAGACAGACGCUGUAGCCAGCUCUGCUCCGGUGACAUCUCAGGCAACCGGAGGCGUGACGGAUCCCUUCAAGCCGCCAGCAGCCGUGGACACGUCCAGCUGGUUCAACCAGGGCACGGCGACGCAGGACACUUCUGGGCUCUUUGACGAGGGCCCCAGCACAACUCAGGAUGCUUCCGGUCUCUUUGACGAGGGGCCCGGCACGACUCAAGAUGCUUCCGGUCUCUUUGGAGCCGGCCCAACAACCCCUCCAGUACAAGCCGAGCAGACAGACGUCGCAAGCUCUGCCCCAGUAGCUGCAACUGCAGCAGGCGUGACGGAUCCCUUCAAGCCGCCAGCAGCCGUGGACACGUCCAGCUGGUUCAACCAGGGCACGGCGACGCAGGACACUUCUGGGCUCUUUGACGAGGGCCCCAGCACAACUCAGGAUGCUUCCGGUCUCUUUGACGAGGGGCCCGGCACGACUCAAGAUGCUUCCGGUCUCUUUGGAGCCGGCCCAACAACCCCUCCAGUGCAAGCCGAGCAGACAGACGUCGCAAGCUCUGCCCCAGCAGCUGCAACUGCAGCAGGCGUGACGGAUCCCUUCAAGCCGCCAGCAGCCGUGGACACGUCCAGCUGGUUCAACCAGGGCACGGCGACGCAGGAUACUUCUGGUUUCUUUGACGAGGGCCCCAGCACAACUCAUGAUGCUUCCGGUCUCUUUGACGAGGGGCCCGGCACGACUCAAGAUGCUUCCGGUCUCUUUGGAGCCGGCCCAACAACCCCUCCAGUACAAGCCGAGCAGACAGACGUCGCAAGCUCUGCCCCAGCAGCUGCAACUGCAGCAGGCGUGACGGAUCCCUUCAAGCCGCCAGCAGCCGUGGACACGUCCAGCUGGUUCAACCAGGGCACGGCGACGCAGGAUACUUCUGGUUUCUUUGACGAGGGCCCCAGCACAACUCAUGAUGCUUCCGGUCUCUUUGACGAGGGGCCCGGCACGACUCAAGAUGCUUCCGGUCUCUUUGGAGCCGGCCCAACAACCCCUCCAGUACAAGCCGAGCAGACAGACGUCGCAAGCUCUGCCCCAGCAGCUGCAACUGCAGCAGGCGUGACGGAUCCCUUCAAGCCGCCAGCAGCCGUGGACACGUCCAGCUGGUUCAACCAGGGCACGGCGACGCAGGAUACUUCUGGUUUCUUUGACGAGGGCCCCAGCACAACUCAUGAUGCUUCCGGUCUCUUUGACGAGGGGCCCGGCACGACUCAAGAUGCUUCCGGUCUCUUUGGAGCCGGCCCAACAACCCCUCCAGUGCAAGCCGAGCAGACAGACGUCGCAAGCUCUGCCCCAGCAGCUGCAACUGCAGCAGGUACAACGGAUCCCUUCAAGCCGCCAGCAGCCGCGGAUACGUCCAGCUGGUUUGACCAGGGGCCCAGCACGGCUCUGGAUGCUUCCGGUUUCUUUGACGAGGGGCCCAGCACAGCGACACAGGAUGCGUCUGGUCUCUUUGGACCCAGCCCAACGAUGCCUCCAGCACAAGCCACGGAGCAGACAGACGGCGCGGCCAGCUCUGCCCCAGCAGCGGCAACUGCACAAGGUACAACGGAUCCCUUCAAGCCGCCAGCAGCCGCGGAUACGUCCAGCUGGUUUGACCAGGGGCCCAGCACGGCUCAGGAUGCUUCCGGUUUCUUUGACGAGGGGCCCAGCACAGCGACACAGGAUGCGUCUGGUCUCUUUGGACCCAGCCCAACGAUGCCUCCAGCACAAGCCACGGAGCAGACAGACGGCGCGGCCAGCUCUGCCCCAGCAGCGGCAACUGCACAAGGUAUGGCGGACCCCUUCAAGCCGCCAGCCGCCGUGGACACGUCCAGCUGGUUUAACCAGGGCACGGCGACGCAGGACACUUCUGGGCUCUUUGACGAGGGCCCCAGCACAACUCAGGAUGCUUCCGGUCUCUUUGACGAGGGGCCCAGCACGGCGACACAGGAUGCGUCUGGUCUCUUUGGACCCAGUCCAACGACGCCUCCAGCACAAGCCGAGCAGACAGACGGCGCAUUCAGCUCUGCUCCAGCACCAGCCACUGCAGGAGGCGCGGCGGAUCCCUUCAAGGCGGCAGCUGUGGACACGUCCAGCUGGUUUGACCAGGGGCCCAGCACUACUCAGGAUGCUUCCGGUCUCUUUGGGGCAGCAGAUGCAUCGCAAGUGGACGAGACGGGUGCAGGGCUAUUCGCGUCAGUGGCAGCAUCAGGCGCUGCCUCCUUCACAGCUCCGUUGGAUACAUCCAGCUGGUUCGAUGAUGCUGGGGCCGGCUCUGUGUUUGGAGCACCGGCCGUGCCCAAUGGGGCGGGACCCUUCGGACAGGUGCUGGCAAUUCCCAUGACUUCUUUGGGAGCAGUGCAGCGACCGGAGGAGGCUCCGGUUCCAAUGACGUCUCCGCCUUGUUCUGAGAGUUUAGGCGAUUCGGCGAUUCGGCGAUGCGGGCUGCCGCGGUAGGAUGAAUUCAACCGCGGCUGGAGCAUCCCCUCCUUUGUGAUGGAUCCGCUUCCAGCCAAUGCGGUGUGCCGUGUGUGCUGUGAGGGCCUAUUCUUUGGAACGCCCAUCUCAUCCUUCCCUUUUGGCCGGAAAGACAAGCAAACGACCUGCAGCCUGCGCAAGAUGGAGAA